AUGGGCGGCAAAGGUCCUUCUCUGCCCGAGCUCCAACAGCCCGCUCCCAUCGAUGAUGUGCUCAAAGAGCAACGCAACGAGUUCAAUGACUGUCUGCCCUGCCGAUUGAUGGGUUCCGUCGCCUUCACCGGCCUAGGCAUCUACUCCCUCUGGUCCGGCACGAAUCAGCUCAACGAGCGCGAAUACGAAAUCCUCAAGUCGGGCUCAAGGUUCGGGAUGAAGAGUCGCAGGGCGAGCAUUUAUGUGCUAAGUGCUACAUUGGUCGGGCUUGGAGUAUACCGUUUGAGAAACUGA